AACACGUCGCCUAAAUAAGUUCACAGACAGACUGUGAACACUUACAGAGGUGUGCGCUGUUGUACUCGACGCUAUUCAAAAUGUAUUUUAAGUUUAUAGCGCUGCUUAUACUGAUCGGGUCUUUCAUGGGAAUGACUGUUGCUCAGGCCAGCUGUGACCCAGAAACACAGUAUGAAAAGGACGGUCAGUGCUGUCUCAUGUGUAAGCCAGGGACUAGCAUGUCUACAGAAGAUUGUAAGAAUCCUCAAUGUCAACCUUGUCUGGAUAAUCACUACCAGGAUAAAUACACAACGAAAAACAAGUGUCUGCAGCAGCCUUACUGUGAUAGAAAUAAAAACUUUGAGGCUCAAGUCCCAAAAAGCAAGACAGAGCGAUCCAUCUGCAAGUGUAAAGUGGGAUUCCACUGCUCCAGUGAAGAAUGUAUUACCUGUGUGGAACACACAGUCUGUCAACCAGGAUAUAGAGCUAAAGUCAUAGGCAACAACUCACAGGACACUGAGUGUGAACAAUGUCCAGACGGGACAUUUAACAAUAAUGCGUCGUGGUAUGCUCAGUGCCACAAAUGGACAGAAUGUGAAAAGGGAUAUCAAGUUGAAGAAAAGGGAACGCACACCACCGACAACACAUGUGCAGGGACACAGCGGGGUCACAUAAUCGUCAUCUCUAUUUUAUCUGCAGUUUUUAUGGUCACUGUUGUAAUCCUGGUUUUAGUAUAUCGAGCAGGAUGCAUAAAACAAAGGACAAAGAACUAUUAUGAACCACAGAUGUGUGAAGAAGACAUAACAGCCCAUAAAGAAACAACGUAUAAUAAUCAAAUGACACCAGAGGAAAAUGAGGAUGAACUAAGCCAUGAGCUCUCCUCAGAAGGAUUCACAGAUAAAGGGAACCAGGUGAUGCAAGAGAGAGGCAAAGAAGAAAUCGUGUCUCGUCAGGAGUCUCAGCUGGAGUCUCAGUUUGAGUCUCAAGAAGAUAGUCAGUCAAUGGAUCAAUUUUACAAGCAAGUUUAAAAAACGACACAGAUUGUCCAAAGUGCUGCACAAAGUUAAAAAAUAAUUACCUGAUCUGAAUAAGAAUCAAUGAAUUAGUCUCCUUACUAAUUCAUUUUGAAUGUUUACAUGAAGUUACAAUCAUUUCAUUUGCACUAAAUUGUAAAAACCUAAACACACACACACACUAUAUAUACGUGGUGUAGACGUUAUCAUCCGGCAAACAAAACGUCCCUGGUUUGUUUCCAGCUAGGAAGGACAUGCGAUUUAAAACUCCACCAAAUGAAGCGCCCAGUGCGACCCCUAGUGGCAAGUGAACAGCCGAAAGUAGCUAGCUAUAAGUCUAAAUGUUAACAAUAAAAUGUAAAGUAAGAUGUAUUAUAAAGUGUAAAGAGAGUGUGUGAUUUACCUGCAUUAGUUUUGAGGUUGGUUGCAAUUUUUAAGUUAUGAAUUGUUUAUUUUUUGUUUUGUUUUUGUUUGUGUGUGUGGGUGUGGGGGGGGGGGGUCCAAGACAGUAUUGACAGGUGUCCUGCUCCUAUGGACAUGUCACAUGGACCACUAGCUACUGUUACCGUGUACAUUUUGUUUGUUUGUUUUUUUAAUUUGAAAACAUGCAACAUGUGGAAAUAACAAUCCGUGGGGUUGUUUAUGUAAGCACAAUCCCACUCCCAUCAAGAUCAAAACAACAGCGAAGACCACCCCACAGUGGACACCACCAUGCUGAGCAUGCUUACAUCCUACAGUUAGCUUGUAUAUGAUGUUGUGAUCUCAUUUGUUCUGUACAGAUGCUUUGUUAGUAUUUGCAUGUACUAAAAUUGUGCCGUUUAGCAUGAAAAUGGCAUAUUGUUCACCGUUUCUGCAUUAAAAUUUGUGACAUUUAAUAA